CGCCUCUGCAUGCUCAGAGGGGUGGUGCUAUCAGACGUGUCAUUUGAAGUCCGGACUGGAAGGGGCUGGGGACCAGCCGGCGUUGGGCCGAUCAGGCGCCACAGGUUGGAAAAAGAGCUGUCCCCAUGAAGUAGAAGGCUGGGUUGUUGCUGCUGGGUUUAGCCCAAGGAGUCGGGGGCUAGGACGAGCAGACACGGCUCUGCAAUCUGCCCCCAGCACACUCCACGGAAACUUCGCAAGGCUGGCCCAGCAAGACCAUCACUAUGACCGAUGGGGACUAUGAUUAUCUGAUCAAACUCCUAGCCCUUGGAGAUUCGGGGGUCGGGAAGACAACGUUUCUCUAUAGAUACACAGAUAAUAAAUUCAAUCCCAAAUUCAUCACUACAGUAGGAAUAGACUUUCGGGAAAAACGUGUGGUUUAUAAUGCACAAGGACCAAAUGGGUCUUCAGGGAAAGCAUUCAAGGUACAUCUUCAACUUUGGGACACUGCAGGACAAGAACGGUUCCGGAGCCUCACCACUGCAUUUUUUAGAGAUGCCAUGGGCUUCUUGUUGAUGUUUGACCUCACCAGUCAGCAGAGCUUCUUGAACGUCAGAAACUGGAUGAGCCAACUGCAAGCAAAUGCUUACUGUGAGAACCCAGAUAUAGUAUUAAUUGGCAACAAGGCAGACCUGCCAGACCAGAGGGAAGUCAAUGAACGGCAAGCCCGGGACUUGGCUGAGAAAUACGGCAUACCAUAUUUUGAAACAAGUGCAGCAACUGGACAGAAUGUGGAGAAAGCUGUAGAAACCCUUCUGGACUUGAUCAUGAAGCGAAUGGAGCAGUGUGUGGAGAAGACACAAAUUUCUGACACUGUUAAUGGCGGAAAUUCUGGAAAGCUCGAUCGGGAAAAGCCUACAGAGAAGAAAUGUGCCUGCUAGACUCGGAGGAGGAACUGAUGGUCAGGAUCCCUACCCAAAUAUUACUUCCAAAUACAACAACAGACCACAAAAUUGUUGUUGAGUAGACCAUCAACAAAGACAUCUCUCUCUUUCUCUGCUACAGAAUCUAUUUUAAGAGGUCAGAAUAGUAAGCAGUGCUCAGAAGAACUGACUAGUUAGUUAUGCUUGAGGCUCCUCAAAACAAAACAUUUGCUAAGGUGACCUCACCAUCAUGGAAACGCCAUCUGUUUUUCUUAUAAAGAAGAUAAGCAUAUAAGAGAGAAAUAUCAAUGAGUUUUGUUUAAAUUGGAACAAAAGUGACCUUGUCACAUUGGAGAAGGGAGAAUAUAAUUUUUUAAGAUUGGCUUUAUUUCUUUUCUAGAAUGGGAUUAUUAUGUUUUAGAUUUGCAUUGAGCAAAAACACUUUAGCUGAUUUGGAAAAAAACAAAUGAAGACUUUCAUGAGGGUUGUUAUAAAUAACAUAUGUGGAUGCACCCAAUAACUGUACUGGAAUGACUGGAUUGCUGAUAUGUUAUGAGUGGGUGAAUGUCACUUCUGCCAAAAUGUAUCAAAUUGUGUUUUAAUGCCAUUUUUAUACUCUUAAUACAUGGCAUUUAGACAAGAACAGGACUGUGAAUGACAAAGUACAAGACAAAUGCUCUAGAGGAGAAAAAAACUUAAAGAAUAGGAACAUGGCAUUUGGACAGCUGAAACUAGGUAUCUCUAUUACAUAUGUCUAGAAGAGUUGGUGAGCUGAAUUUCAUCCCAACCAAUUAGAAACUUACAUUAUCAGUUGAGAUUAAGAGACUCUCCAGAGGGUUACAUUUCAAACAAAAUUUAAGGAAUUGGCCUGGGUGCUGUCCAGCUUUGCAUUUCAUUUUUUUUUUUUAAAACAAAAUUUUGAGAAGCAGUCACAAGGAGAAGAGCUCUUUUGAAAAUGCAGUCAAGAAAAAUUAUUUAGUCUAAUGAGUUUUAAGCUGAAAAUGCAGUUGAUAUGAAACAAACUGUUAAUUAUGAGUUUCAUUUUUGUUUACAAA